GCAACCACGGACUUGAAGGGAACAAACAGCCAAGAUUCCACGUAGCACACGACGACUAUAUAAUACUACUCCUCAUCGCACUGGGAACCUGAAUAGCUCACUUUUUCUUCACCCACAAACUUCGCCAUCUAGGAACACACCAACCAAACCAACCAACCAAUUUUCCAAACCACCCCGCUCCCCUACCACCUACCACCUACACAAAUCUAUCACAAUGGCUCAGAGUCGCACUGGAGUUUACGCCGCUGUUGCCGCCCUCGGUCUGGGUGGUUACUACCUCUACCGCGCCGGUGGGGACCCCAAGGGUGCUACGCAGGAGGUUAAGCACGAUGCCCACCUUGCCCGCCUGAACGCCCCCACGGGUAACCAGGCCGAGAAGGCCGGAGAGAAGGCCGCUUAUGAGGCUCGCUUGAACGUUGACCAGGCGGUCGACUCCGCCCGCGCCGAGGCCAAGAACCAGGCCAGCCGCCUGGACCAGAUCCGGCAGGACACCACCGCCGAGCUGAAGUCGGGCGCCGAGAAGAUCGAGCACAAGGUCGAGGAGAAGGCCUCCGAGGCCAAGGGCGCCUUGUCGGGAUGGUUCGGCAAGAAAUAG